AUGCUGUCUUUGUGGGCUGGGGCUAUCUUCCUUUGCGGGUGCAUUGUAAUCUUCGGAUUCCUUUCGCCGUUGUCUACAAUUCCAGGCCCGUGGUAUACUCGAUUUACAAGCUUCUGGAUUAAGUAUCAGGAAUUUACUGCAAAUCGACGAGAAUCAGUUCACCGGUUGCAUGAGAUCUAUGGUCCUGUUGUCCGGUUAAGCCCUAACGAACUAUCGUUUACCAGUCUGGAUGCGAUUAAAGAGAUAUAUGCUUCGGGAGGCAGUGGGUAUGACAAGACCGAGUACUAUGACCUUUUCAGGCAGUUCAAGAUCAAAACAAUGUUUUCUACUUUAUUGAAAGACGAGCAUAGCAAAAGAAAACGCAUCUUUGCCGAUAGGUACGCCAUGACCAAUAUCAUGAAAGAAAAGCCCAUAGCUGUUAUUCACGAACGAGCCAUGACGUUUGUAUCUAAGUGUGUCGAGGCUGGCCAAAAGAGUGUGGAUGUUUACUCUUUGCUUCACUGUUAUGCCCUGGACUGCGUUACUCAUUUCAUGUUCAGCCCCGGCGGCCUCAAAUCUCUCAACGUAGCAGAAGACUACGAAAUCAUGCACGAACUGACCUACCACCAAAGUCUCCAAAAAAACCUCCUGGAGUACUACCUCCCUUUAUUAGCACCCUAUUUCCCAAAAUUCCUCCAGGCCCGCAGCUCCCCAAAAGCAAACCAAUACGUGAUAGACAUGGCCGCCCAAACUGGUCUCGACAACCACUCCCUAAUGGAAAAGCUCAAGCGCAAAGAAUCAAACCUGGCAUUAAUGCAAGCCGCCGCAGAAUGCAAAGACCACAUGGCAGCCGGCAUCGACACAACAGGCGAUGGCCUGUGUUUCUUAAUGUGGGAGCUCUCACAGCCCCAGAACCUCUGUUUCCAGGAUAAACUUCAUAAAGAGCUUAGGGCCGCGCCGGCCAAUUCACCCUUGGAUAGCUAUGUGUACCUCGAUGCUGUCAUUAAAGAGGCGCUGCGGUGUGCGCCGCCUAUUCCGAUGUCGCUACCUCGCUAUGUACCUGCUGGUGGAAGGGAGAUCGAUGGGUUCGCCAUUCCGGGGAAUACUAUUGUUAGCUGUCAGCCUUAUUCGGUGCAUCGGAUGAAUGAUAGUGUUUUCUCUGAGCCUGAUCGUUUUAAUCCUGAUCGCUGGCUUGUUGAGGAGGGAGCUGCUGAGCGGAAUAGGCUUUUCUUUUCUUUUGCUACGGGUGGGAGGGGGUGUACAGGGAAAAAUCUUGCGUUGGUUGAGAUGAAGAUACUGCUUCGGGAAGUGUAUUCUCGUUAUCGGACGACAGUGGCUUCGGAUAUGACUGCUUCGAUGAAGCUGGAUGAUCAGAUCAUCUCUUCGAGGCCCAAGGGACAGAGUUGUAAGCUGGACUUUGCGGAUAUCAAGUGA